AUGGAUCCAGUCGAGAAUACCUGGAAGUUGCUCAAGAAGACAUUAGCACCCCAGUUCCAAAUCGUAGUCAUUCCACAAUGCGACGAAAAACGAGGAAUCGCUGCCCCGACGGUUGUCAAACGACUGACUGAGUUGUGCCUUAGAUCUCUGCACUUUCACGUUGAUCUUCGGUAUUGGAUUGUAGACGGCAGUAGGGCGGAUGGCAAACUCUUUGUGCAGAUAUUGGAUUGCAGAAAGAGAGAGAGAGAGGUCCUGCUUCUUCAUGAUUCUCUUCGAAGGCUGCCCUCGACUGCUGAGCCAAGGCUUCCUUCUCUGCAUUGUAGUAGUCGUUCCACAAUGCAAAUAACCGAGGAGGCUCUCAAGACUGCUUUUGUUGAAUCAGCCGCCUAG